UCCAAUGACAAAAAAACAUGGACAACACAUAAACGAACGGCAAGAAAACAAUUCCCUAUCAAUAUUACCAAUAAAAUUAAAAAAAAAUAAAUAUUUCAACCCAACUUGAAAGCCCACAAACAUGGUUUCCCAGACGAGGAAACGCUUACUGAUACUUUUUGGGGUGGCUGCAAUACUUUUCCUAUUAGUACGAUAUUUCCUUUUUACUGGGCCUUUCGAAGCUGAUACACAAGCCUAUAGGCGGGCGCCAGGAGCACCCGUUUUAGUAACUGUCUUCUAUGAGGCAUUGUGCCCCGACAGCAAACAUUUCAUUACCAAACAACUUGUGCCGAGCUACAGAGAUGCCUCACCGCUUAUGGACAUCAUUAUGGUACCGUAUGGCAAAGCCUCGACAAUGACAAAUCCUGAUGGCACAUAUCGUUUCGAUUGUCAGCAUGGCCAAGUUGAAUGUGAGGCAAAUACAUAUCAUGCUUGUACCAUAGAAGCAGUACAAGAUCCCAGGGCACGUCUUGAUAUGAUAGCAUGCAUGAUAAGAGAUAACCGUUUGCCUAAGGAAGCAUUACAUAAGUGUGCCAAACAGCACAACAUUGACAAUGUUGAUCUCAUACAGAAAUGCUUUGACAGCUCACAUGGCAGCGAGCUAUUAAAAUUGAAUGGCGAUUUAACGCAUGCUUUGCGUCCUUCGGUUACAUUUAUACCCACCAUUACAUUGGAUGGAUCUCAGGGAAAACAGGCUUUGAUUCUAAAAAAUCUGCUGGCAGAAAUAUGCAAGAUAGCUGGUGAUAAUGAUAAAGCUGAGGAGUUAUGUCGCCAACAUCUGUGAACCAAUUUUAUAGUUUUUAUUUUAUUAAGUUUAACAAAAUCAAAACAUCACUAAACUACUUCGUCACCAAUUCCAAAUGGUUGCCUGAGGCGUCUACGGCAGACAAUGGGCAAAGAGGCUGGCUGUCAGUCAUCCAUGCAUUUAUUUACUAAUCCGCUCAUCACACACUUACCAAUCUAAAGUCACCUUCAGUGCAGUACAAAAUUUUAACUAUAGUGUUUUUUUUCGCGAAAGCCUUUUCAAACCUUGUUUUUGAAAGAAAUUUGAAAACUUCAUCAUGGUAUGCCUUUUUUAAUUGCCUGCUUUGGCUUUCUGUAUUUAAGGUGACCCAACAUCCAAAGAUGAUAUAUUUUUUUAGUCUAACAAAUUUCUGGUCAAAGCAAAGUCUUAUUUAGAAAACAAAAGAACAAUUGCAUCUAUUCUUUGUAUAGAUUAAGAUAAAGCGUAUUCAAAAGAAAAAAAAAAUCAUGAUAUUAUUUACAAUCUGUAUCGACAAGAAAGAAUUCGCUAUGGUUAUGACAAAAAGUAUUUAAGAAAAUAUUUUAAAUGAUUUUAAAAUAAAGCCAAAAUUGUAAAAAGAAAUACCAUAA